CUUGACUCCGUCUUAGGUUACCUAAACGACGCCGUUUACAGUUUUAUUAUUUGCAGUCGUCUCCGAGUAAUUGCCGAUUGUUCAGCUGGGUAGGAGUGAGAUGGAGCGAUUGGAAGAGGAACUGAUACGAAGAUCAGAACCAGAGUCUAUGGUUUCUGUCACGGUGGGGAGGUUCAUGAGUACGCUUCUCUCGGCUCGUCCUAAAAAGUUACUGGAUUCUCUUUCUCGUCGCUCUCUUGAUGAUUCUCAAAAGGGUUCAUCAGGCUCCGUCGAUGAGGCACUCUGGUUUUUGCACAAGUGCGUUAGAGACGCUGCUGAGAGAGAAGAAGCGAUGGAUGAAAUUCUUGUACCCAUCAUAGAACAUACAUUAAGGUUCAAGGAUGCUAAGCACAGUAACCCAGCUAUGAUACUUCUAAAUUGGCUGUUUAAAGAUGAGCUUCUCUUUCAAGCCGUUUCAAGGAAUCUUUCGGAAAUCAUUUCGAGGAACGAGGACAGGUUCUUAGCGCUUGGAUGGUGUUUACUUAUCCGAAGACUUGUAGAAGAUACUGGUGAUCAAGGCUUUUGGAAUGGAAUUAGGGAGAAACAUUCUAUGUUUGUGGAGAUUGUCUCAUCUUGUGUGCCUCACUUGUUAACGAUUGUACGCAACGGAAGCAUUUUGCAGGAUGGAUAUGAGGUGCCGUCUCGUCUUUCUCUUUCUGCUGCUGAUUGCUUGCUGUCAGUUACGGGAGCCUUAGCAAAGAGGGGUGAUACUCUGGUAAAUAGACCGAAGCCAUCAAUCAUUACGGGGACUCAUCAACCGGCUGCUUUGAUGCCUAAUAGUAGCGAGAAGAAAAAAAAGCAGGUUUCCCAACCUGAGGACUCAAACAGUGAGACAAAUUGUAUACUGUGGAACCACCUAGAGGAGCUGACGCGUCUUGUACAGUGUCUCUUUGCUUGGAACAGAAAAACUCGACUACUGCAUGCUAAGGGGUUAAAUAAUGUGCUGAAAUGGUUAGAGGAGUUAAAAGAGCAUCAUGGUGGCUCUCAAAAGGAGGCAGGCACGGAGGUAUCUUCGGGUGGAGCUCUACUGCUUUCUUCCUGUUGGAAGCAUUACAGUGUCUUGCUUCACAUGGAAGAUAAAAAGUUCUCAAAGAUUAGUAAAGAACUGCUCGAGCAAUAUUUGUCUGGUAUUAAGUAUUAUUCAGAAAGUUAUCCUCAGGGAUGUGCUGACUCCAAGACUGGUGGUAUAGAGACACAGAAGUUUUUCCUAAAUUGUUUAUGCCUUUUGUUGGGCCGCUUUGAGGGAAAGAAAUUUGAGAGCAUACUAUCAGAAUAUGGAAUGAAGCUUGUGCCUUGUCUUUUACAUCAGCUUCGCAGCAACAAUGAAGAGAUAUCAGAAGGCGUUGUUGCUAUAUUUAAAGCAGUUAUCUCUAAACUACAAUCUCAGUCCGGAGACAGCUUCUCUGAUACAAUGUGCAUGGACGUUGUGAUACCAUCGCUGCUUCACCUUCUUGAUGAGAGGGAUGGCGCAGCCAAAGCUGUUAGUGUCCUCCUGGCAGACUAUUGUUUCAAAAAUGCAGAUAAUAACUGUCUCAGUGAAGUUCUACAACGCCUUGUUUCUGGAACUACUGUGCAGAGGCUGAACUCUAUGGAUGUGAUAUCAGAAGUAAUCCUUAUGUCAAGAGAUUCAUUUCCUUCUCAUAUGCCCUGGAAAGAGAUUGUGGGGUGCUUGUUAAAGUGCCUUGGAGACGAGGAAGCUUAUAUCCGUAAACAAACUUCAGAGUUGCUGAAGUCAAUUGAGCCAUCUUUCGUGCUACCAGAAUUAGUAGAACUCAUUUGUUCAACCAAUGGAAAAGUACAAUCACCUGCUACUAAAACCUUGCUUGGGGUCCUUAAACAUCAUAAGGAGGAUUCUGAUGUUAUAUGCAUGUCGUUAACCUGUCUUAGUAAUACUCAGGCGUUGGAUACUUCAGAAAGUAAUGGACAUCCCACAGAAGGUUCAACUUUUGACAGUGAUCGAGUGCUAAAGCUGAUCCCAGAGUGGGCUAGAAGUGUUCACAACUGGAGUUCACUGAUUGGACCUUUGCUCGACAAGAUGUUUUUGGAGCCAUCCAAUGCCAUCAUGGUUAGGUUUCUUAGUUGCAUCAGUGAACAUUUGGCAGAUGCAUCGGACAUGGUUCUUCUGCAUGUACUAUCACAUAUGAAGGAGCAAAACAAGAUGGAUGAGAGCUUCAUAUCCACAUCCGAUACUAAAAUUUUCAUUGACAAAACUAAAUUGGAUAAUUCGCUCUUUGACCACCUUUGCCCAUUGCUUAUAUUAAGGCUGCUUCCCCAAAGAGUGUUUGAUGAUAUUGAAUCCUCUACAAUUUAUGGUAAACUCCUCGGCGGAGACUCUGUGAAUGAGUAUCGAGACAUCAAGUUUGAGGAUUGUAAAUGCAUCGCUGCCUUCCUUUUGGAAAGAGCAUUUUCUAAGUUCGAGUUCGAAGAAGUUCGGAAACUCGCGGCCGAGCUAUGUGGACGUAUCCAUCCCCAGGUGCUUUAUCCAACUGUUUUGUUGCAACUUGAAAAAGCCACAGAGUUGCAAGACUGCCUCAAGAUUAAAGCUUGCCUAUUUUCUAUAUGCACAUCCCUUGUGGCUCGGGUCUGGGAGUCUUUCUCACACAGUGUGACACCUAAGAUCAGGAAAGUCUUGGAAAAGAUUUUGUUGUGGCCUUCUGAUGAGGAUGAGAUUUCUAAAGUACAUCACGGGUGCAUAGAUUGUCUGGCACUGAUGAUAUGUGCUGAACUGCAAUAUCCAGAAUCUUCAAACACACCCAAAGGAGAGAAAUUACGUACAGCAGAGAAGGACGCAUCUGGUGUUAAUGCGUCAAGUGACUCUGUCCUAGAUUACACGAUCCAUUGUCUAAUUGAAGAGAAAAGUGACUGCUCGUCUAUCCUGAAGCCGAAUACUGAACACACAAAUGGUGAAAAGCCCCUUCCUAUUCCAUUUCGUCUAUGCAUGGCAAAUGUUCUUAUCAGUGCUUGCCAAAAAAUCCCUGAGUCUGCCAAGAAAACAUUUGCUCGAAAAGCUCUUCCGCCUAUUGUUGAUUCCCUCAAGUUCAUAUCUGCGACUGAGGUCCGUGCAGCUUGUAUCCAGGUCCUGUUCUCGGCCAUGUACCAUCUAAAGUCCACACUCCUCCCUUUUUCAUCUGAUCUACUGAAACUUGCCGUGAGAUUUCUCGAGCAAGGAUCCGAAAAGGAGAAGCUGGCUGGUGCAAAACUGAUGGCAUCACUCAUGGCGAGUGAAGACGUGAUACUGGAAAGCAUAUCAGAGGGAUUGCUCGAAGCAAGAUCAGUUCUGUCCAAAGCAUCUUCGUCAGAUCCUUCUCAAGACGUACGUGAAGUCUGUGCUAAGCUAUUGGCAUGCAUCACGCCUUCGUAAUGUCUUUUUCUCCAGUGUGAUCAGAUUUCUAUAUAAUAUUAUCUUUUACUUUUUCUCACUUUUUGUUUUGUGCUCACGUGAGGGUAGAAGUCGGUAUGUAGAUGUGUGGCAUGUUGUAGCAAGUGAUGGGCCUAAAUUUUUUUUGUAUGGAUUCUAAAUGCUGUGAAAAUGCAUGGACCAAGUAAUGUGCUUUGUUACUAG